GUAGAUAAAUACGGGCACAUGGUCCGCGGUCCCAUCCCCAUGUGUCGUCUCUCCCUCUCUUAAUUGCAGCAGCUACUCUCUACCUCACGCUGCUCCCGUUUCCCUCCAUUACCACGGCAGCUCUACUUUCUCUCUCUACAGUACAGCUCGCUCGAGCUCGUCUUCAGUUCGUUCAUCUCCGGUAAUCCAUUCGUUCGAACCGCGUGGGGUUCCAAUGGGGAAGAAAGGCCUCACCUCCAUCUUCUCCAAGCUCCCCGCCGCCGCCGACGAGCCUUCUCCGCCGUGGCCGUGGCCGUCGUGCCGGAAUCCACAGACGGCCUCCUUCCGCGAGGAAGAACGCCGCCGGCCCUGCAGAACCGCCGCCGCCGUCAGCAGGAGCCCCGCGGCCGCGGCGAGGCUCAUCCACGGCGGCGCCGGGGAAAUGUACAAGACGGUCAACUCCGUCUACCAGCUCGACUACAUCUCCGCCGACGGCUCCUGCUUCGACGACGAGGAGGAGGAGGGGCAGGGCGUGCUGGAGCUGGAUGACGAUGAUGGUUUCUCGACGACGACCGCAUCCGAGGAGUGGUCUGAGGCGGUGAUCCGCAGCCUCGGCCGCACGUCCACCGACCGCUUCUUCGUCGACCCUCCGGGCCCGGCGUCCAACUCCAUCUUGGCACUGUCGCCGGGGAAGCAGUCGGCGGCACAAGCGGAUGAGGCCGAGGAGAAGCCGCAAUCGGAGCCGAUUGCGUCGACGUCGCUGGUGGAGGAGAGCGUGGCGGUGGCGUUGGACUCGGAGGACCCGUACGGGGACUUCCGGGCGUCCAUGGAGGAGAUGGUGGCCGCGCACGGGCUGCGCGGCUGGGAAGCGCUCGAAGAGCUCCUCGUGUGGUACCUCCGGAUCAACGGCAAGCACAACCACGCACUCAUCGUCGGCGCCUUCGUCGACCUCCUGGUCGGCCUCGCCGCGCCGCCGGCGUCGUCCUCUUCCGCCGCGCCAACCACCACCACCACAGCGACGACGAUGACGACCACCAGCGCCAGCGGCGGCAGCGGGAGUACCGCCAGCACCAGCACGUCCAGCAGCACAUGUGGCUGCGAAGGCGACGUCACUCCCGCCACCGCAACGACAGAGGAGCAAUGCGGCGGCCGGAACGGCGACGCCUCGCGCUCGCCUGCUUCAUCAAGCCACAGCCUGCAGGGCAAGGACGAGGAGGAGGAGGAGGAGGAGGACCUCGCCGGCGACAAGGCAGGUGACGAUCUUAGCAUCAUGAGGAGUGCACACUAGCUCCUUGGUUAGUUAACUGGCAAAAUGUCAUCGGUUAUUCGAGAUCUCGAAAGCACUACUGCGGCCCUGUUUGAUUAGCGGCCCACUUGGAACGCCGGAAUUUCCCAAGAAUUUGUGCUAGCUUCCACCAAAUUCUCGUGAAAUUUUCGCUUUCCAAACAAUCGCACCAAUUCAUGUUUAUUUGUUCACCUCUCCUUCAAUUUUGAAAAUGUCGAUGAUAGCA